CACUGAUAGGUGGCACUGACUGACAUCACUGCUGGGCACUGACUGGCACAACCGCUGGGCACUGACUGGUGGCACUGACUGGCAGCACUGGUGGGCUGCACUGAUGGGCACUGGUGGGCGGCACAGGUGGGCACUGGUGGGUGCAUUGCUGGGCACAGGUGGGCGCACUGUUGGGCACAGGUGGGUGCAUUGCUGGGCACAGGUGGGCGCACUGCUGGGCACACGUGGGUGCAUUGCUGGACACAGGUGGGCGCACUGCUGGGCACAGGUGGGCGCAUUGCUGGGCACAAGUGGGCGGAACUUGUGUGUGGCACAGGUGGGCACCGAUCAUCAGGGCACUGAUGAUCAGUGACCCUGAUGAUCGCGUGUCAUUGGACACGGCUGAUCACGUGCUAAAAGGCUGCUGUGAUUGGC